AUGGAAGGGGAAAGGGUUCAACCUCUGGAUGAGAAUCUGGAAAAUGGAUCAAGGCCAAGGUUCAAGUGGAAGAAGCUAUCAAUGGUGGUCUCUGGGAUUCAGGGAGUGGGGCUACUCCUGUGCCUGGUCUACAUCUGCCUGCACCUCUAUCCUUCUCCGGUGAAGUAUCCUCCAAUCCAAAGUCUCAGAGCACAAGUUACCAGAUGUGAGAAUGGGAGACUAUUCAUCAGCCUACCCAGGAAUGAGUAUCAAACCAUGGAGGUGAAGAACAACUCAAUCGCCAUCACCUGUGAUGGGCUUUAUCUCAUCUACACGAAGGGCUCCUUUUUCCAGGAGGUCAAGAUCAACCUUCAUUUCCGUAAGGGUCGAAGUCCCAUCUCUAUGCCCAUGAUGAACAAUGGUCAAAGAGUUGACUUCACUGUGGUAGCUUAUUUGGCCUACAAAGAUAUAGUUUACUUGACUGUAAAUGCUCCUGACACUUCCUGUGAAGACCUCCAGAUAAAUGAUGGGGAACUGAUUGUUGUCCACCUAACUCCUGGUCGAUUCUGUGCCCCCUGAAGAUCUUACAGUAGCGCUGUGAACCAGGUGCCUCUGUGAAUUCCACUUGGAGGGUGGAUAGGAUACAGGUUUUUUCUUGGGAGAGAUGAGUCCAUCAAGUUCAACUCUAGGAGACGUGACCAAAUGCAGAUCCUACCCUACUUCCUCACUCAAGGAUAUUUAAAACCUGUCUUACAUGACAGUUUACAAGGCAAUCCCAUGAUUGCCUUGAGCCUACUAAGAGACCUUUUGGGAAUGAGAAAAUAAAUGUCUCUUUGAAAUAGAUGUUUCUGUUGGUCAGAAGAUUAUUGUAAUAAACGUCUGUCAGUGAAAACAGCACUUGAUUACUAGUUUCUAGACAUUGUUUGGCAUUGUCAAAACAAAGAGCAAGGAAUGGGACUAUGAAUCUGGAAAGGGUGGUGUCCACCAACUAGUAGGAGCUGAAGUGCCCUCUCCAAGGUCACAGUGAUCAAUGUUUACAUGUUGCCUAGAUCCUUCUCUCAUUUCUUGGGAGCUCAGAAGAAAGAUCACCCUGUGGAAGCCAGGACUUGAAGACACUGUUUAAACUAUACAGUGCAUUCUGGGCUUCUGUUCUUACUCUCCUCUCCUGGCCUCCAAACAUACCCAACAGAAAACUCCCUUCAAAGAGCUUUCCUGGGGCUAUGAUAUCACUGAAAAACUUCAUCAAAGAUGUAAAGAAAACCAAUAGAGCUUUGUUUCUUCUACAGGGUGGGAGAGAUAGUUGACUCCCAUGUUUCUUCUUAUUAUACAGGAUAUUAGUGAACUUGAUGUUUCAGGAUGAGGACUUUCACAGUCUGAGAACUGGUUUGUAAGUUCUCUCUUCCAAAACUUUUAUGUAAAUUUUUGAUAAUUUUUUAAAUUGUAGUAUUUUCUGGCUGUUUUCAAGAGAAGACACAACAUCUCUAGAUGAUCCUGUAUCUUUGUAAGGAUCACGUUGUGCUACAAUACAGCCCUUAUCUCUUGAACCUCCAGGAACUUAGAAGUCUAUUAAUCCUUGUACAAAAUGAACUCAGUUAUAUUUGGAUUUUUUUUGUCUGAUAAUUUUAUAUAUUCUCCUAAGCAUCUGUCUAUAACUAUUCCCACUGUUUCAAUCUUUUAUGAAAAGAAGCUGAAUAAAAAUGCUACAUAAAAGAAUUUGCGCAUGAGAUAACCAUGGUGUUACUAUUGGAAAGCCUACUGUGGGCCACAUAUUGGGCUGCCUGUGUUAUAUGAAUUACUCAGGGUAAAAUAUUCUGUGAUCUUUGUCUUGAUGACUCAGGAGAUUUUGUGUGUGUGUGUGUGUGUGUGUGUGUGUGUGUGUGUGUGUGUGUGUGUUUGUAUUCAGUUCUGGUUAUUUACUAUGCUUUGUAAAGUUGUUGUUAUUUAAUAAGUAACAGCUGAAAAAGCAAUUGUUUAUAACUAUGGGUUACUAUUUAAGAAAAUGUAUGUUUUGUUUUUGAAGUUUGGGAUUUACGUCUGUAUAAUUUUAUGGACAUGCAGUGCACAGGCCUACUCUAAGCACCACUGUUGUGUUGGUUAUUGUUUUGUUGUCUUGAGUGCCAUGGUCUUUGCUCUGGAACCCCACUCUCCUGGAGCACACCUGGCCUGCUCCUUUUGUGCUGGCCUCUGAUAGCCACUCUGGGAUAGUGCUGCCUUGUGCCAGCCUCAAUCCCCUACCUGACUCCAUGUGUGGUCUGUGUCUCAGUUCCCGUAUCAAUUCCUUCAAAGGAAUAAUUAACCCUGUACUCUACACAGGGAAGAGCUUCAUGGGAUGACUGUGAAAUGAGAAGUCAGGAAUUCUAAAUUUGAUUCAGUCACUAAGCAAGUGACCUUGGACAAAUGACAUUAUGUUUCUGCAUUCUGCCUCCCUAUAUCAUCCUGUAACUGAAAGUCAUUAGAUUAUAGGAUGAUAGGGAGGGCAGUCUGGUUUUUUUUUUAAAUAAAGAUAAAAAAUUGCUUUAUUUUUAAGAUAUGCCUUAACUACACACUGUAUUAAGCCAGUUUUGUAAUGUCAAUUAUAAUGUGUUCUUAAACUUAUGAGGUGGUUCCUGGUUUUAAGUCAUAAUUCAGUGCAUUCUUGGCUCUCAGAAGAGUAUAAAUAUCAAUGUUAACAAUAUAGAUAAUAAUACUGUCGGUAUUUACAUGGAUAGAAUAAAAGACCUUAGAAUCUA